CAGGUUACAUCAGAGAGCUCGGCUCCGCCUGGCCGCCGCUUGGAUCUCCGCGGAAGCGCAUGCGCAGGGCGGGGCCGGUUCAUUUGAAUCCUGGAGAAGUUUGGACUCCCGAGGUUCGGGGACUGAGGUGUGUAUUAGAACAUGUGCAGUAAUGUCACCUCAAAAGAGAGUUAAGAACUCUGAGACACCAAAGAGAACUUCACGAGGUAGUAAUAGUUAUCAGACUAAUCUCUUGGACUGGAAACUAAAAGAGGACCUCAGCAACUCAAAGAGCAUCUUGAAACAUGGACAAAACAAUCCAGUGGAAGAUUAUGAACAUGCUGAUGAUCAAGCAGAAGAUGCUCUGCAAGUAGCAGUGAGAUACUUUGAGAAAGGUCCCUUUAAAACUUCACAGAGUAAAGAUAAAACCUUGGAAAAACACUUGAAAACUGUGGAAAAUGUGGCAUGGAAGAAUGGAUUAGCUCCGGAAGAAAUUGACAUUCUAUUAAAUGUGACACUCAGUGGCAAAUUUGGGAGUGCUGUAAACGCUCGGAUGUUGAAGUGCAUGAUUCCAGCAACUCUAAUAUCAGAAGAUUCUGUGGUUAAGGCGGUCUCCUGGCUUUGUGUUGGCAAGUGUUGUAGUAGCACCAAGGUACUUUUUUAUCGUUGGCUGGUUGCAAUGUUUGACUUCAUUGAUCACAAGGAGAAAAUUAACUUGCUCUAUGGCUUUUUUUUUGCUUCAUUGCAAGAUGAUACACUGUGCCCUUAUGUCUGCCAUUUCUUGUAUUUGCUUACCAAAAAAGAGAAUGUCAAACCAUUUCGAGUAAGAAAACUGCUUGAUCUUCAGGCUAAAAUGGGAAAGCAGCCUUAUCUCCAGGCUUUGUUGUCACUGUAUAAGUUCUUUAUUCCUACUUUGAUUUCUGUAUCUUUGCCUGUAAAGAAGAAGAUCUUUUUUAAGAAUUCAGAGAAUCUGUGGAAGACAGCUAUAUUUGCUGUGAGGCAAAGGAAUCAGGGACCUUCUCCAGAACCUCUAAAGCUGAUGUUAGGUCCAGCUAAUGUCCGUCCUGGAAAAAGAAAAUGGAAUUCUCCGUCACUUAUACCAGUGCUAGAUUCCAGUAGCCACAGUAAAGAAUAUGGAAAAAAAGGAAUGAGUCUUUCUGAUUAUCUUGGUAGGAAUAGAUCAUUUCCAGUAGAACAGCUUAAAAGCUUCCCUCAGCUCUUACAGAACAUUCAUUGCUUAGAGCUGCCUUCUCAGAUGGGUGCAGUGCUGAACAAUUCUCUGCUACUUCACUAUAUUAACUGUGUCAGAGAUCAAUCAGUCUUACUGAGGCUCUAUCAUUGGUUGAGUCAAACAUUACAAGAAGAAUGUAUUUGGUACAAGGUGAAUAAUUAUGAACAUGGGAAAGAAUUUGCUAACUUCCUGGACACUGUCAUCAGAGCAGAGUGCUUCUUACAAGAGGGGUUUUAUUCCUGUGAAGCAUUCCUAUAUAAGAGCCUUCCUCUCUGGGAUGGCUCCUGUUGUCGGUCACAGUUCCUUCAGCUUGUGUGCUGGAUUCCUAUUAGUAACUUCUCUGAGGUGAAACCAGUUAUUUUUGACCAUCUAACACAGCUCUUCUUUACAUCAACCAUUUAUUUCAAGUGUAGUGUUCUUGAGUGCCUGAAAGAGCUACUGCAGAAUUGGCUGUUGUGGCUUUCUAUGGACAUCCACAGGAAAACUGUGCUGGACAGUCCUCUAGAGACAACUUUCGGUGGAUCCAUGAACUCUGUGUCUGAACUGAUUCACUAUGUAGGAUGGCUGUCCACCAAUGCAAUGCGCUUGGAAAGCAACAGCACUUUCUUGCUGCAUUUUGUUUUGGAUUUCUAUGAGAAGGUAUGUGACAUAUACAUAAACUAUAACAUUCCGUUAGUGGUGUUAUUUCCUCCUGGGAUCUUCUAUCUCGCACUCCUCAGUCUGGAUUCCAGUAUCCUGAACCAGCUCUGUUACAUUAUGCAGAGAUACCGUAAAAAUUUGACAGCUGCAAAGAAAAAUGAGUUGGUACUAAAGACAAAGUCAGAGUUCAUAUUUAGCAGCAAGACUUAUCAAGAAUAUAAUCACUAUUUGACAGCCAUGGUUGGUUGCUUGUGGACAUCCAAACCCUUCCAGAAAGGAUCAUAUAUUGACUCCGAAGUCUUUAAAAAAGUUGGAGUAGCAAAGUAUAAAAAGAGUUUAAAUCUAGUUCAUCACCCUGCUCUAUUGAGUUAUGCUGUUUCCUUUUUGCUACAGGAACGGCCAGAAGAAAGGACAGUAAACAUGAGCUCUAUUCGGGGAAAGAAAUGGAACUGGUAUUUGGACUAUUUAUUUUCAGAGGGGUUACAAGGCUUGAAACUUUUCAUAAGAAGUAGUAUUCAUCGUUCUUCUGUCCCCUGAUCAGAGAGUAUAAAUCCCAUGAUCAACAUGAAAUGAAUGCUGACAGAAACAAACCGAGCAUACUGGACUAAUUUCCUUCCUUGUUGCUAGAGAGGCCAACUGGCUCAACUUGAGUUUCCAAAUUCUUUUCACCAGCAGACUGACAUUCUUAGUGAGUGCUUAGACUGGCCUUCUAUCUAUGGCUCAGGAGAACUUUGAUGUGGUUAAUUUUGUUUUUCAGGAUCUAAAUUCUUUAGCCUACUAGUGAAAAAUGAUUUCAUUAUUAAGCUUUGCCUUUUAACAAAUUUUAUAUAAAGAGAUACAUCGUCAUGUGCUGAGAUUUUUCACAUUGUGGAGUAUAAGCUGCUUUGAUGAAAGAGAACAAGUAAUACAGUGACAGUUAAACGAUGGACAUAUUCAUGCAAAAUACUCUGCUGCCUCCAUGAAACCUCUGUGGAUAUUGCCACUUUUUUUCUGGCUUUAUUGAAAUACAAUAGACAAUUAGUUUUUUGUAUUUACAUUGUAUAAUCAAUGAGGUUUUUUUUCCAAUUAUAGUUGGCAUACAAUAACAUACCAGUUUAAGAUGUACAGCAUAGUGAUCCCCACUUACAUAUUUAUUACAACAUUAUUAACCGUCUUCCCAGGCUAUACUCUGCAUCUCCAUGUCAAUUCUGCAACUAUGCUUUUUGUACCUCUUAAUCCCUUUGCCUUUUUUUGCCUUCCUCCUCCAACCUCCCUCCCUUUAUUGCCACUUUUCUUACUGUGAACAGCAGUACCAACACCAGAUUAACAGGAUACAUUACUAACUCUAAAAGCUGGCUCUAAGUAGUUGGUAGAUUCGUUGGCCUUCACUGGUAGCAAUUUGAUGAGAGAAGCAAGAGGAGAGAAUUGUGGGAUAAUCGAGACAUUCCUAUUUAUUACUGGUUUGAUUUCAUGAAAUUGCUCUAUUUUGUAUGUCUGUGUAUAUAUCCCUUUUUUAAGUCUUCAGGCACAAAUUAAUUAAUUGCAACUUUAUUUUCAGGGAUAAUUCUGAAGCUUAAAAAUGUGUAUAAUAGCUAAAAUAUGCUGAAAAUUUACUAUAAAAUUUUGCUUCAGUGCUACUGAAUAACUCUCCCUUUUAAUAAAAUUCAUAUCAUUUGAGAGAAAUCAAACAAUUUUUGUUUUUAAGAACUACAUUUUUGUAGUUCUUUUUUCUCUUUCGAAGCAAAACAAAAUAAACAAUAUUACUGGGUAAAUGUUCAGAAUAGAAUCCCAUUUAUCCAUUCACUUUUUGAUUCAAUACAUAUUUAUUGAGCUUACUUUGUGCCAGAUAGCCUUCUGCAUGCUGUGACCAAUACAAAGUACCUGCUUUUGUGGAAUUUACUAUAUUCCAUUGGGGAAGACAGAUAAUAAAAAUGUAAAUAAAUAUAUGACAUCAGGUACUAUAAAGAAAAAGCAAGGAAUAGCGACAGAAUGUUGAGAGGGUCGCAAUUUUAGAUAAGUUGGUUAAAGAAGGCCUGUUUGAGUUGGUGACAUAUGCAGAGACCCUAAUGAAAUAAGCGCAUGGGCCAUGUGAAUAUUUGAAAAAAGAGCAUUCUAGGCAGAGGUAAAGUCAAUUAAAAGGGCUUAAAAAUAUUAACUUAUUUGGACUGUUUGGAGAAUAGCAGAGAGGCCUGUAAGGAUAUAAAAUAGUGAUUAAGGGAGAAGAAUGGUAAGAAAUGAAAUAAGAGAAAGCCGGAGAGUAGUUCUUGAAGGCCCUUAUAGCUCGGUAUGGAUAUGUAAUGGGAAGCCAUUAGAAGGAUUGAGAGCCAGAAGAAUAACAUAAUUUGACUUACCUGUACAGAGCUUCUGUGUGAAGUUUGGACCGAAGAGGAUUUAGGGUGAAAGAGACAAGUUAGGUUAUUACAGCAUUCCGGACAAGAGUCUUAGACUAGUAUGGUUGAUGAGGAGAUGGUUAGAUAUUUGGUUCAGGCUCUACUUAAAGGUAGAGAAGAUAGGAUCUGCUGAUGAUGGGUAUAAGGAGAGCUAAAGAGAGGGUAAAGGAUGACUCCUAGGCUUUUGACUGAGCAUCUGGGUGAAUUCUAGGAUGCAGAAGUGAGAAAUACUGGAGGAGGAAGGGAUGUAGAGAAGUAUGGAAUCGAGAUUUCUAUUGUGGCCAUGUUAGGUUGGAGAUAAUGAGUAGGCAGUUGGAUAUCUAAGUCUAGAGUUCAAGGUACAAGUUGAGACCUGGCAGAAUUCAUUUGGGUGUCAUUGGUGAAUAGCCAUGACAUUGGAUGAGAUCACAGUGCAGCUAGGAAAGAGAAAGUGACAAAGGACUGAGCCCUGGGGUAUACUAACAUUAAGAAGUAGAGAAGAGGAGGAACUAGCAAAAGACUGAGAAGAACCCUCCAGUGAGCUAGGAAAAGUCAGGAGACUGGUGUGCUGGAAGCCAAGUGACAAAAGUGUUUAAAAAGGAGUAUUUAAUGGUGUGGAAUUUUGCCUAUAUACCUGGAAAAAAGCUUUAGCUGCUUCAAAGUAAAUGUGAUAGCUUCCCCAAUAGGUAACCUCAUAUAGAGAAUCCUUUUUUUUUUAAGUUUUAUACUCCUAAUAACUGUUUUUGUUGUUUUUCAGAACAUGAUAUUUUGAUCUUUAAGAUCACAUAGAACUUUCCAUUGUGAGAAGGGAUUUGAUUAUUUAACUCCUAGCAAUAUUCAGAUUAUUGAAGAAACUUUUCUAAACGUAAAUUAAUGUUACAGAAGAAAAAACUUUUUCUCUUAGGUUUGCCAUUUGUUCAAUAAUUAUUCCCUGGGCAUCUUUUUUGCCCCAAUUGUUCUCUUGAUCAGUGUUUUAAUUCACUUAAGAUUAAAUACAUGGCUAUACAAAUAAGCCAAACCUAAUUAUUUGAAAACUCUUGAAGGAUCUUCAUGACUAAGUAAAACAAGAUUUGUAUAAGAAUAGCUCUUUUCCUUCGGUGAAAAAAUUUCUAGAAAAAUAUAGAAAUUUUGGUUUGCUAUCUCAAUUGUGUAAAAAGAAUACUUUCUUAGUAUUUGUGUAAAAUUGUUGACAUAAAUAUUGACUUAAUGUUCAAUGAUAAAGUUAUUAGAUUUCUAGCAUUUUAUUUUCCUUUUUAUCAUAACUUCUUCCUCUAGGCCUUGGGCAUGAUCUAGAAAGAAACGUAGAUAAGUCUGUGGUGCUUCAUAUAACUUUUAUCAACAUAGUAGUAAUUUUCUCUUUACCUUUUAUAUCACAAAAUGGUUUACUGUAAAGAAAAAAAAAGAAUCUAAAAUUGGUAGUAUAUUUUUAAAGAUUUCUUUUUAAUUGAUACUACUUUUCAUUUAAAUUUUUAGGUUUUUAAAUAGAGUCAUAAGGAAAUUCUGUUUCUAAUAAAUAUGCAUUCUGUGGGCUGAAUAUUUGUGUGUCCUCCCCUCAAAUUCAUAUGUUAAAACCCUAACCCCCAAUAUGAUGGUGUAUGGAGGUGGGGACUUUAGGAGGUAAUUAGGUCGUGAAGAUGGAGCCCUCAUGAAUGGGAUUAGUGCCUUUAUAGGAAGAGACAAGAAAGAUAUGACCUUUCUCUCCACCGUGUGAAGAUAUAGCAAGAAGGCAACUGUCUACAAGCUGAGAAGACUUUCACCAGAACCCGCCAUACUGGUACCCUGAUGUUGGACUUCCAGCCUCCACAAUUGUGAGAAAUAAAUUGCUGGUGUUUUUAAGCCA